AAUGGGGCGCGGGCGAGCACACGUUUAGAGGAGCUACUACGGCACGAGAAUAUGGCUACCUGUCAUACUCUUCAUCGUCUCGACGCGCGUACUGAGCGUCAAACACGAAUUCUCCUCUCUAUCGACGCCACCGCAUCCCCGUCAUCACCGUGGCACCGUCUCUCUGAGUUCUGCCACCUUCUCUGCCGUGUCUUCACCUCUUCGCCCAAGGGCGAGCCUGGAUCCCUUUGGCAUCUUGGCGACUCCUGCGAGACAGCUCAGGAAAAUGAGGCGGCGACAUUAAAACGCUUAACAGAAACGAAGCCAAACGUGCCAAAUGUAUUUAUCCUCCUCGUGUGUACACAAGACGUGUCACCACCUUGCGAUUCAGAGUUGCAUUCCGGACAAGCGUGCGACUACUGGCAGAUGGUGCUGGAAGCCUGCCAUCUGACAGUGUUUAUCGAUGAACCUACUGAAGGGCCUCAACAAAGGCAAGAUGACGCCGGAUUAAGCAGCCUAAUGGAAGCGCACUGCUCCACAGAGAGUAAUCACUAUCCAGAUGCUGAGCCAUCCGUUGGUGCGUGGCCUGUUUCAUUGUCCUUCCCCGAGUUCUUCGUCGAGGAGCACCCUUUAGCUGACAUAAAUAUCAUCAAGCUUAAGCACCUUCUGACCCACAUGGCCUUCCUAGGUAUGUAA